AUGGAGCACUCCUCAUCCGUGCAAGCAGGCCUCGAUACACCGGUGCUCGUCGACCUCGACUCCGGGCAUCGACGAGCAGCAUUUGGUGCCAUCACGAUAGCUGCCUCACACAUGCACGGUACCAAUGUCGAGAAGAAAGUGGAACGUUUCGUUGCAGCACCAGUUGAGUCUCAUGCCGUUAAGAUCGUCGUCCUUCUCACAGAGACCUUCCCGGGGACUGCAGAGUUCCUGAACGCCAUGAGUCAACUGCAAAUGAUGUGUGUCCUACUUCUCGGUUUACGCUCUCUUUGGCUGACUGGAAGAUGCUUCAAAUAUCCAGGUCUCAGCAUAAUCCCAGCAGACAGCAUUGAUUCGGUCCGCGCCUGCCUACAGAAGCAUGUCACCUCACUCGAGAGCACUCCCGUUCCUCGACCACAAUACGACCUCAUAGCGAGUGCGACUGCAUCAGCACCUUCUAAGCGCCUCACUGUCCAAGAGGUAGAUAUGCUAAAGGGUGUGUUUCCUAAUGUCGUGGAACUAGAAGCAGGCACAAGGACCGCUGAGGGGCGUGCGUUGAUUCAAGACUUCCUGCCGCCUGCCGUUGCGCAAGACGUGAUCGAAUUUUGGGAGGACGAAUGGCUGGCGGCAGUCUAG